AUGGUACCAAAACCCAAUCGGCUAACAAGAAUGGGAAGAAGGCAGACUCUGGGUCCGGCAGCAGCAGCAGCAGCUUCUUCACCUGGUUCAUCGUCCUGGCCCUGCUGGGUGUCUGGACAUCAGUAGCUGUGGUCUACUUCGACCUGGUCGACUAUCAGGGAGUCCUGGACAAGGCUAAGGGCUUACAAAUUAACCUGUCCGAGGCCUUGCAAGGUAAACUGGUGGCAUACGAUGCAGAUGGCGAUGGUGAUUUUGAUGUCGAGGAUGCUAAAGUUCUGCUAGGACUGAAAGAGAAGGCUGUUGUCGUCACUUCCCGUCGUGAAGAAGCUGCCGCUCCAGUGGAGAUCCCUGAACCUGAAGUGACACCAGAAGCUAUAGUUGAACCUGAACCAGUGCCUGUGGAAGACGUGAUUGAAGCUGCAGUAGCAGACGACACUUCUGCACCACCUCCAGAACCAGAACCAGAACCUGAGGAGGAAGCUGCACUGGAGGAGGCAGCGGAACCUGAGGUGGUAGCUGAACCUGAGCCAGAACCUGAGCCAGAACCAGAGCCUGUAGAUACUCCUGAGGUGAUCGAGGAGGACCCAGAGGUGCUGGAGGAGGAGCCUCCUGCUGUGGAAGAAGAUGCUCCUGUUCAGGAGGCUGCUCCUGUUGAGGAGGAGCCAGCAGCUGAGGAAGUUGCAGAGGAGUUGAUGGCAGACCAGCCUGCGGAGGAGGCGGAGGAUCUGGCAUCAGAGCCGGCUGUGGUGGUGGAGGAGCCUGCUGUAGAGAAGGUGGCGCCAGAAGUAGAGCAUGUAGAGGAAGAGAGUGCUGCUACGGAAGAAGCGGUCGAGGAGCCAGCUGAAGAGGAGGCAGCAGCUUCACAGGAAUCUGUCGAAGAGGUAGUGGAAGAGGAGGAGGCUGCUCCUGCAGAAGAAGCCGUGGAGGAGGCAGCACAUUCAGAAGAAGCUGUCGAAGAGGAUGAGGAGGAGGCUGCUCCUGCAGAAGAAGCUGUGGAGGAAGAGGCAGUGGAAGAAGAGGAGGCAGCACCUUCACAAGAAGCUGUCGAAGAGGUAGCAGAAGAGGAGGAGGCUGCUCCUGCAGAGGAGGCCGCUCCAAUAGAAGAAGCUGUUGAGGAUGUAGCAGAAGAAGAGGCAGCUACUUCAGAAGAAGCUGUAGAAGAGGAGGAGGAGGAGGAGGCAGCUCCUUCAGAAGAAGCUGUAGAAGAGGAGGAGGAGGAGGAGGAGGCAGCUCCUUCAGAAGAAGCUGUAGAAGAGGAGGAGGAGGCAGCUCCUUCAGAAGAAGCUGUAGAAGAGGCUGCAGACGCAGAGGCAACUCCAGAAGUAGUGGAGGAGCAAACAGUACCAGAGACAGAAAUAGCAGACGAGGAAGAGGAGGCAGCAGAAGAAGCAGCAGAGUUUGAGACAGAGGAAGAGAUUCAGGAUGAGCCCACAGAAACGUAGAGGCUGAGCAUGCUCGCGGAGCAGGGACCCACCGACGUUGCACCAUCAGCACCACCUGGGCGUGCUCGGAGCGAUGAUGCACCUCUCCACCUCCAGAGAAACGAUUGAGUCGUUGUGACCACACUCGCCUCUCUCCCCCCUCCCUCCCUCCCUCUGUUUUUACGCCUUCCUUGGAAUUUCCUUUUUGGUAUAAAUGUGAGAGUGAAUGGAUGAAUUGUCUACUAAUACGGUACUCCUGUUUUUGCCCUUGUUGUUUUCUUUUUCUCUUUUCUUUAAGUAGAGCACCCGUUUUUUUAUUUUUGUUCAGGGUGGUUUUGUUCUGUGACCAGAUGUUCAGGCUGUGUGAAGUCUCGGUGCUCUACGUGCAGCCUGUUUGCCAGAGUCUUAUAUCUGCAAGAGCUGUUACAUUAAACCAGUCUGGAACUUUAUUUUGAAGUCUUCACAGAUUCAAAAUUGACCUCUCAACACUGCAGAGUGUUUGCAGAGUUUCCCAACCCCUCCUGCUGGGGAAAAAAAAAACUACUUUCAAACUUGUUAUCAAACUAAAAAUGUAAUUUUCUGGCUGUGUUUUGGUGUAAAUCAUUUUAGUUCUGGUCACAGUAUUUUAGAUUCUAUGCAGAGCUGUUGUGAUGUUUGUCCCUCCCUCACCUCUCCCCUCCUCACCCAGCCCCUUUAUUUACCACUCAGUAUGCGUCGACUCCAGGAUGAGCCAUAUGCUAGCAUGUGAAUUCAGAAAAAAAGGCUUGUGUGUGUGAGUGUGAGUGCGGCUGUAUUCCUCAUGUACCCCAGGAUGAGUGCGUUCUUGUGUGUUGACAAAUCUCUUUUGCUAUAAUCCUAAUCUGUGAGCCGCAGAUGUCGUGAUGUAGUUUUUCGAGACUGUUUUCCUAACUACCUUUUACCUCCUGUGUGUUUUUUUUUGUGUUCGGUAGGUUCCUAGCUGUUUUUGCGUUGUUUUAUUUCACUUAUUUCAGAUCAGAUUACCAUCUAACUAGACUAUCAACACGUUUUUGAGCUGAAGUUGUUAACUUUUAAACUUCAGCUCUUUAAGUUUAAACUGUGACGUAAAUGAGGACGCCACGGAUGGCGCAAAGCUGUCACACUGUGGUGUAGAGAUUAUAUAUUUUUUUCAAAUGCACACCAGCUAUACGUGGAUCCAGAUUCAGGCAGGACGUGUUUUAACCCUGUGCGAUCCAGAUAACUCUUUCAGUGUAAAAACAUCUGGUCUCUCUGGCUCACAGGGCGAAAACAGCCGUAACUAGCUGACCAGCUAAAUCAACCAAGAUCUUUGUUUUUUUGCGAAACUUCACUGCCUCCAACAUAGUUGUGUGUCUUACAUACUUAAAGCCGGACUUGGUGACAUGUUUCUUUAGUCACUGUUCACAUGAGACUUUAAAAAACAUAAUUGAUCCAUCAGCUGCCACAUCAUGCCAUCACAGAACUAAAAUCGUGGAGUUAAAAAAGCCAAACGUUUUGUUUCUUAAUGUGAAGGUGAAUUCUUUUUUUCUGUGUCCCUGUUUGACAUGAGACGUAACUGUGACACUAAGACAGUGUUGGGAAACAGAGUGCAGCACUGAGGAUAACACAUUCUGUUGUAAUACUGACAAUAAACAACAUGUAGAUCUGCCGUUGUAGGAUUAAUUACAACACUACGGUUAUAGUAGGAGAAGAGAACGUGUCACAGUCCCACGUUGUGUCUGUGGUCCUCUUAUACUUUAACUACCCGAUUUGUUUUUAAGGGAUGCAGCACAUUCCAGCUCCUUUUUUGUAGGAUGUUUUGUCGUCUUUCUAGUUGGUCUUUUCUACUUCCUAACACUUUGUAAGUCAAACUUUAAAAGCUUUUUAAUAUUUGAAGAUUACAAUCUUUACCAAGAGAGCUUCUAGAUUUUUAAAAAGGAACAUUUUUAAAAAGGACUUGGAGAAAUGAAAAAAUAAAAUUAAAAAAAACUCUUUAAUUUUUCUGAAAAUGCUUUAAAAGCUUUUUACAAAAGCCAUAAGCUGUUUGUGAAAGGCAGGUUUACGGGGCUGUGCUACUUCAGGAAAAACUUUGUUCUCUUAAGGAUACAAAAGGAGGAGCAGAUCAUUUAAAACUGUGGAGGAACCACACUGCAGCAGCAACCCCCGGGGAAACAUCUCUAUUUUUUUUUUUCUCCGUUACUAAUCUUUGAUCAGAAUUCAGUACGUGCUGGACAGGGUUGUGAUGACACAGUGCAGCUUUGCUUACAGACAAACGAGGUUGAAAACAGGAUAAUAGGUGUGCAGUAGUCUGAGCUCCACAGUUGAAUAGGAAAUUAAAAUUGUUGGUUUAAAAACUACCCAUCUCUUUGCCUCGCCGUGUUGUCUGCAGAUCUAAUACUGUCCUGUAGACGCUGACAAUGCUGACUAAAUUAUUGUGAAGUAAUGAUUAAUGAUGGGUCGUGGAAAAGAGAUUUUGAAGUGUCAGUUUUCUGUAAAUGAGCUGUUGCUGCAAUAAAAAGGUUUGGGACAACACA